AUGGCAGAAAGCAAUGCACAUACUUCAACCACUUCUGAUAAUGACCUAAUUCUAGUCAAAGAUCGUUAUAAAAUAAUCAAAGUACUUGGCCGUGGCAGUUAUGGUGAAGUAUGGCUUGUUUCACCACUUGAAUCAAGUAUUGGUAGUAAAAGUAAACCACGCCGUUGCGUCCUGAAGCGUAUUUGUAUUGGACGUCCAAAUAAUGAAAAAAAUGAACUUGCAGCUGCGGAACGUGAAGCACAAUUAUUAUCUUCACUCAAACAUCCAAAUAUAGUUGCAUAUAUUGAAUCAUUUCGUUCACGUGAUCAUUAUUUAAAUAUUGUUAUGGCAUUUUGUGAAGGUGGUGAUUUGUAUACAAAAUUAAAAUAUCGUAAAAAACAAUUAUUAAAUGAAGAACAAAUUAUUGAGUGGUUUAUACAAAUAACACUUGCAUUACAAUAUAUGCACGAAAGAUCAAUAUUACAUCGUGAUUUAAAAACACAAAAUAUUUUUUUAACUAAACAUGAAAUAGUUAAAGUUGGUGAUUUAGGUAUAGCAAAAAUAUUAGAUAAUAAUGGAGCAGAUUUAGCUACAACUGUUAUUGGUACACCAUAUUAUAUGAGUCCAGAAAUAUUUUCAAAUCAACCGUAUGGUCAAAAAUCAGAUAUUUGGGCACUUGGUUGUUGUGUUUAUGAAAUGGCAACAUUGGAACAUGCAUUUAAAGCUGGUGAUAUUAGUUCACUUGUUUUAAAAGUUGUUCGUGGUCAAACACCAUCUUUACCAUCAGCUGAUGUUUAUAGUAAACCAUUAAUUGAAUUAAUUAAUGCUAUGUUAGAUAAAGAUGCAGAUAAUCGACCAACAGCUAAGCAAAUUUUACAACAUCCAUAUAUAAAACAACAUAUUGUUCGAUUAUAUGAUAAAACACGUGAACGUUGUCAAUCGUAUACACCAACGCCGUCUACUGAACCAUCACUAUUUGCUACACCAUUACACGAUGCUGAUAGUCAUUCAAUGCCUCCAACACCUAAACCACGUUCAGCAAAUCUACCACGUACCGAUAACGAUAUCAACGAAAAACAACCACCAUCUACUCCGCCAAUAAGUCAACCACGAGCCAGACGUCUUAAACAAAAAACUACACUUACUAACAACGAAAUAUCUGAACUGUCAAAGCCAAUUAUAUCUGUUUCAAAUGAAGAUGAAGAAAAAGAAAAAAAUAUAAUUAAUAAUUCUUUUAUAGAAAAAAUACGUCAGAAUGAUACACUUGCACGUUUUAAACGAAAUUCAUCAUCACCAAGUCAAAGUGAUGAUAAUAGUAUUCCUCGUGCAAAUAUCGCUGCGCGUCAACGACGACGUGAACACCGUGUUAAUUCAGCAGCAAAUCCAUCGGAAGACGACAAUAAACCUCCAACAACUCCACCAGUUUAUGAUCGUUCUAUAUCAAAUGAUAGUCAAAUUGAUACUGUAGAACAAGAACGUAAAGCUAAAAAGGAUAUGAAUGAUUUCUUACAUCAACUUGAUGCUACAUUGCGUUUACCAGCAUCAUCAUCAACAUCAAUUGAAGUUCCAUCAAUGUCUGAUCGUACAAUGAUAACAACAUUCAAAUUAGAAGAACGACGUGAUGCAUUAAAGGAAAAUUGUUUACAAGAAAUGUCACCAGAAGAAUUAAAACAAGUUCUCGAUAUAUUAGAUCUUGUUAGUGAAACAGAAAUAAAAAAACAAAUGAUUAAUAUUUUAGGAGAAGAUAUUUAUGAAAAGUAUUGUGCACAAAUUUAUUCUUUAAAAUAUUAUGAAAAUUCAAUAUUUACUCGACAAUAA